AUGAUAGACUCCGGCCAGAUGGCGUUGACAGAACUUGCAGAAUACUGUCAGCUAGCUGAAGAACUGAGCAGUCAUAUUGUCUAUCGACUCCUCUUGGGUUAUUCGUUCUUGGCUUGCUUUAUUGCCACACCAGCUCAGAUAUACUUCUUUGUGAAAAUAUGUCUGAAAUUUCAUUGCCAGGGAAAUAUCAAAUUUUUGCUGAAUGUGUAUUUCUUUGUCAGCUUGUUGUUCUCACUAAUCUCGGCAUGCGCAUUUGUAAGUAACAUCACAAGUUGUUUCUCGAAAACUUCUGCGAUUCAGGGUUGGCGCAACAUUGUCACUCAAUUCGCUACAGAUUGUAACUUGCUAAUUAAUAAGUUCUUUUUCACCGCAUACCACUUGCCAAGCUUGUUCUUGAUGACCUUGCAAAUGUUGAUACCAGUCGGAUUCUCCAUUGAGCGUUAUGUUGCUCUCAAAAAUGCAGGCAGCUAUGAACAUCGGAAAACUAGAUUGGGUCCGGUACUGACAGCGAUUUUGGCUGCGGUUGACUCCCUCGUCAUGUUGUUCUUAUUCUGUGAUGAGCCGUUCCAUGGCCCGUUCAUCUCCUUAAUCCUGGUCCCACCAGCUUCCGCUGCUCAUUUCAACAUAUAUUGUGUUAUUCUUCUUCUUAUUCAGAUUGGUAACUUGGUUGUGAACGUCAUUUUGUUGAAAAAACAAAAAAUUCAACCUUCCGUCCACAACUUGUCUUAUCGAUACGAGAUGGAAGAGUUCAAAGACGCCACCAACUUCAUUCUCUUUAUCAGUUUUUGGCAUAUUGUGUUCGCUGGAUCUUAUGUUAUCGGUGGUUCAUUGGCUAGAUUGGUUGGACCAAUGGUUUUUGACAAAAUGGUGCAUUAUACAGCAGCUCGUGCCAUGUUCUGUGCCAUGCCGACCUAUAACGUCUUCAUCGUGUUUGCUGCAAUGUGGAAGUUGAAUAAAAUCGAUCAGCGAAAGAAAGGUAGAAUGGAAAAGGACAUUGAAUUGAAUACUAUUGGAAACGCUGGAAUCGAGAACUACAACAAAGUUUCGAAAAUGUUGGUCAACUUCGAAUAA